AGGGUUUUGCUCGUCAUAAACCUCACCGAUUUUCAACCAAUUCGAUCUCUCUCCCUCAUCAUCUUCAAGUCUCGCUGUCUCCAUUCAUAGGGAUUCGCCAUGAGCAGAUCAGGUCAACCUCCAGAUCUUAAAAAGUACAUGGACAAGCAACUACAGAUCAAACUGAAUGCCAAUCGGACCGUAGUUGGUACACUUCGUGGUUUUGAUCAGUUCAUGAACCUCGUUAUCGACAAUACAGUGGAAGUGAAUGGUGAAGAAAAAAAUGAUAUUGGCAUGGUGGUUAUAAGAGGGAAUAGUGUAGUCACCGUUGAAGCACUCGAGCCGGUCAGCAGAGCACAGUGAUUGGUAUGUUACGGUUGCAAUGUAUUAUGUAACGGGUUUAUUUUCUUUCCCAAAAAAAAUAGAUCUAGCAGCAACUUAUAUGAUACUCGAAGCUUAUCCAAGUAUGAUCGGUUUUUAUGCUGAUUGUAGACAAAUCCUUGAUACUAUUACAUUUUCAUUGUUGGUAAGAUAUGUAUUGUGACUUGAAGCUUUCGAGAAGUUGAAUUCUUGUUCAAGUGUCA